AUGGUCCAUACACGCAGCAACAGCAAGGCACAGCCCGGCGCAUUCUUCUCCGCACCGCCGGGUGACUUGGGGAAGACAGUUGCUACGAAUGCGCAACUCGACGACGAUAUUGCAACCCCGACGCUGAUAUCACCACCCGAGUCAAAGACGCCUCCGACCGCCUCCCACAAGCGUAACCAGAUCUUCCCCUCGAACCCGCUCGAUCGGAGCUCAGAACCCAUAGACGCGGCCGCUUUGACCAAGGCACUUGGUCACAUUGAGCAGGCUGGCCGAGUUAGGGAGCGGACGCCUACAGCGAGCCCAAGCCGAAAGCGCCCGCGCAUAUACGGCGACAGAUUCAUCCCAAAUCGCGCAGGCCAAGAUCUACAGGCAAGCUUCAAUCUCCUCCACGAUGAGGCAUCGCCCGCGACGCCGUCCAAAGCCAGGCGUACUCCCCACCAUGAACUGCAUUUCCAGAAGACUGAAGAGGCCAACCGCACAUACUCCGCCGUACUCCGCCAAGAGAUGUUUGAGGGCUCCGUGCCUCAAGCCUUUCCCCAGAGUUUGUCUCCGACCGACAGUGCCAACAUGCGAGGCGCAGGACGCUCACAUACUCCCCCAGCCAGGACUGCAGCUACAUUACCACCGCCUUCAGGGACGCCGUCAACCCCGCACAAAAAUCUUUUCUCAUACUCGGGCCAGCCAACUCCGUCACGGACGCCUUCAAGUCGGCACGGCAUCCUUAAUCUCAACGCCCGCUCAGAUCUAUACAGCCUAUCACCAAUCAAAUACAGCAGCCAGCGCAUGCUUCUCAGUCCCCAACGCCAAGCCCGUGCCGUCUCCAAGGUGCCAUACAAGGUUUUGGAUGCACCGGAUCUCGCUGAUGACUUCUACCUCAACCUCGUCGACUGGGGUAGCCAAAACACCCUUGGAGUAGGCCUCGGCUCAUGUGUCUACAUGUGGAACUCAAGUAGUGGCCGCGUCACCAAGCUUUGCGAACUACAAGACGAUUCCGUCACAAGUGUCAACUGGAUACAGCGUGGAUCACACAUUGCCGUUGGCACGAAUCGAGGUCAAGUACAAAUCUGGGACGCACAGACUCAGCGACGUCUCCGUACCAUGACCGGUCAUACUGCUAGGGUCGGUGCCCUUGCAUGGAACGAACACAUCCUCACUUCUGGAUCAAGAGACCGCACAAUCUAUCAUCGCGACGUCCGACAACCAGAGCAAUGGCUUCGAAAGCUUGUCGGUCACAAGCAAGAAGUCUGUGGUCUCAAGUGGAACCAAGAAGAUGGACAACUCGCCUCUGGAGGCAACGACAACAAGCUCAUGGUGUGGGAGAAGCUCAACGCCGAGCCCACUUUUAAGUGGAGUGAACACCAAGCUGCCGUCAAGGCCAUUGCUUGGAGCCCUCACCAGCGUGGUCUCCUUGCUAGUGGUGGUGGUACCGCAGACCGAACCAUCAAAUUCUGGAAUACCCUCGUCAACUCCAACGGGCCGUCAGCGUCAGCCCUGGCAUCCGCCUCCGCUGCUGCCUCAGCUGCGUCAACAGCGAACAUCCCCUUAUCACCCACCGCACCAGCCAACCUCAUCAACAGUCUUGACACCGGAAGUCAAGUUUGCAACCUAGCAUGGUCUAAAAACAGCAACGAAAUCGUCUCCACACAUGGCUACAGUCAGAACCAAAUCAUUGUCUGGAAAUACCCAAGCAUGCAACAAGUCGUCUCGUUGACAGGCCAUACCUACCGUGUCCUCUACUUGGCCAUGAGUCCAGACGGUCAGGUCAUCGUCACGGGUGCUGGCGAUGAGACUCUGCGAUUCUGGAAUGCGUUCAAGAAGAAGGAGCGCACUGGGGGUCUUAGCAGUAUGGAUAGUUGGGGCGUCAUUCGCUGA